UAAUCUAUCUUGUGUCUGUCAUUUUCCUCGUUUGCAUCAUUAAAACUAGAAAAACACCCGUAGCUAAAAUACACAGCAGAUAAAACAUAAAUAAAAUUCUUUUAUCUCAUUUCAUGCCUCUCCGUUCUCGUUUCCUUGGCGGCGUAAAUGCAUCGCCACCGCAAGCACCGCCGUCGAAGGAGUCACCUACACCAACCGAGCCCCUGAAGUCGGACUACAUAAUCAUACUUGCCGUGCUAUUCUGUGCAAUCAUCUGCGUUCUUGGCCUUUCCAUCGUGGUCCGCUGCGACUGGAUCCGCCGCAUCACCAGCGGAGCCGUCGCUGCCCUGCCAAACGCCUCGACGCCUGCCAAUAAAGGACUUAAAAAGAAGGUCCUGAAGUCCCUACCGAAGUUAAUCUACGGUGAGGAUGAGAGAGUCGAGAAGCUCGCUGACUGCGCCAUCUGCAUGGCGGAGUUCGCCGCCGGAGAAGAGGUCCGUGUGCUUCCACAGUGCCGCCAUAUCUUCCAUGUCGAAUGUGUUGACACUUGGCUUCGUUCCCACUCCUCCUGUCCCUCUUGCCGCGAGAAUUUGGUCGUCAGCAGGUGUCAGAAAUGCAGAAAUUUGCCGGCCGCCACCUCUUCCUCCUCCUCCUCCUAUGCUGCGACCAACUUUGGAGCUCUGCCUCAGCCAGCCUCCAGACCAAUAGACCGUUUUACUAUGAUUUUCCCUUAACCAAAUCGUAAUUAGCUUGAUUACUCAAUACUUCAUACAUUAGCAGGUUUGAUCGAAUGGAUUAAUCCAGCGUUAGCAGAAGAAGAGAAGAUCAGUUGCUUUCUUAGUGUAUGUAAUGUGUAUGUGUGUAUUCUGUAUUGUGGUAGAAAGAAAAAAAACAUAAACCAAUUACUUUAUUUACUUACCCUCUUUUUCUUU